GUGCUGCCAAUCAGUGCCACCUAUCAGUGCCUGUCAGUGCCGCCUAUCAGUGCCAUCAGUGCUGCCUAUCAGUGCCAGUUAGUGCCGUCUAUCAGUGCCACCUAUCAGUGCCGCCUAUCAGUGCCAUAUAUGAGUGCUGACUUUCAGUGCGCAUCGGUGAUGCCUGUCAAUGUCAACUACCAGUGCCUCCUCAUCAGUGCCACCUAUCAGUGGCCAUGAGUGCAGCCUAUCAGUGCCCAUCACUGCAGCCUCAUUAGCACACAUCAGUGAAGGAUAAAAAUCACUUAUUUACAAAAUUUUUAUAA